GCGAGCAAAGCUGUACACAGUAUGGCCGGCGAUAUUAGCUAGCACUCGCUAACGGUAUUCUCUGUAAAAGGGAAGACGGUAACAGACGAAAAAUCGUUAUUUGGAUUGCUCAACGGACUGUCCAUUCAUAAAUUAUAAUCUGAUUGAGCACGGAUUAAGACAAAACGUUAUACCCGACGUUUAUUUUUGUUGUGGCGUGUCUGUUGUCUCAUGAUGGAAGAUAACGGUGCACAUUUCUUCGAGGGGACCGAGAAACUGUUAGAAUUGUGGUUCUCCCAGCACGAUGAGACCAAGGGAACCGGGGACCUGCGAACCAUCCCAAGGUUUGAGUGGGACAAACUUUUGGAGAAUGUGCACUGUUUGAUCAUCAGUGUGAGAAAGACCGACAAGCAGGAAGCUUAUAUACUCAGUGAGAGUAGCAUGUUUGUCUCUAAGAGACGUUUCAUUUUGAAAACAUGUGGAACCACCCUCUUACUGCAAGCACUGGUGCCUCUGCUGGAACUCGCCAGGGAGUAUUGUGGUUUUGAUUCCAUCGAGAAUUUCUUCUACUCCCGCAAGAAUUUUAUGAAGCCAACCCAUCAAGAGUUCCCUCAUCGAAACUUCCAAGAGGAAGUCGACUUUCUCAGCCAGAUUUUCCCAAAUGGUGCAGCCUACUGUAUGGGACGUUUGAACUCUGACUGCUGGUAUCUGUUUACUCUGGACUUGCCAGAGUACUGGGAGAACAAGUAUGCGGAUCAGACACUGGAAGUUCUGAUGAGUGACCUUGAUCCAGCCAUUAUGGACCAGUUCUAUAUGAAAGAUGGUGUUUCUGCAAGUGAUGUCACUCGUAUGAGUGGAAUUUGUGACCUGAUACCAGGUUCUGUGAUAGAUGCCACAAUGUUCAACCCAUGUGGAUACUCAAUGAAUGGAAUGAAGACUGACGGGACCUACUGGACCAUUCACAUCACCCCAGAGCCAGAUUUCUCCUACGUCAGCUUUGAAACAAACCUCUCCCAGACAUCGUAUGAUGACCUCGUCCGGAAGGUGGUGGAUGUGUUCAAACCAGGAAAAUUUGUGACAACUCUUUUUGUCAAUCAGCGCUCAAAAUGUCGCAGUGUUUUCUCUUCUACCCAAAAACUGGAUGGGUUCAAGCGUCUCGACCGCCAGCUGGCUCAAUUCAACGAUUACAAUUUUGUGUUCACAAGCUAUGCCAAGAACUGCCAGAAAAAUCAGAAGAGCUGAGGGUGGAAGAUGAAGAAGAGGCGUAAAAAAGGCGGCGCCUCGGGGUUCCCUCCUGCUGGAAACUUCUUGUCGUCCUCAUCCUCCCUUCCUUCUCCAAACCUCUUCUCCCGUCAUAAAUCCUCUGGCGCCGAGGGCGACAACCCCAGUUUUAAUGUUUUGAGUUGUUUGAACUCUUGUACCUGUAACUUAGACCUCUUGCAUGAAAGCUCCUUUCUCUGUUUCAAUAUACUAGCACACACUUGCUGUGAUCUUGAAGUGCAUGUAGAGGAAUUAGACUCACUCCGUUUGAGACCUUCCGCCUGUUCUCAGUCCAGAGGGCCCUUCCUACAUGUCUCCUCCCUCAUCCCACACAGACAGGGCUUCCGGCCACAUUAAGUUCACGCUCCCUGACCCCGGCAUGCUCAGAUCAGUCUUCCUUAAGUCAUUACCGUAUUGCACCCACAAUUUGCUUUAUUAUGCGAUAAGGAUCAUUCAUAAAGGAGUGCACUUAAGAAUUAUUUUUUGAACCCAUGGGAUCUAUGAAAGUGUAUGCUGGCCUUUUGUCUUUAUGAAUGUUGAAGUUGUGGAAAGUCUUUGUCCAUUAACACACUUUGUUUCCCCCCCUCUGGCUUCCGGUCAUAUUUCAUUGCCAUUCACAUGGAAAAGGAAUCUCGUCCAGGUUCUGUGAAGCACUCUGACACUAUCUUGUCCACUUUUAUCUUUGGAAUGCACAAGUCUGGGGUGGAACAAAAGAUGAAUGUAUGACUUCAGGGGUGUCUACCCCUCCCUGUACUCCCUACCCCACCCACUCUCAAGUUCCCAGUAGAUCUUCCCUUGCCAGCCAGACCCAUGAAUUGCCCCUGAAGUACAAGGGAGGUGAGCUAGCGUGGCAUAAUGAAUCAGAAACUUUCUGGUUGCCUAGCAAAGCAUUUUCCCCUUGACAAUAUCAUCCCCUCUGUCUCGUUCCGUCCCAUACAAAAAUGUUUAAGCGUACAAUCGAGGCCCACCAGUCUGAGCAUGCCAGGGCCAUCCCGGAUCAUUCCACAUCGAACCACUGCACCAUCUGCCAUUUUAUGUCAUUACAUCACUUUUUUUUUUUUUUUUUUGCUGUGAAUUGGGCUUCCCCACAGUUCUUUGUUUGGAUCAAUGCCCUUUUGUAGAACUUUGGGCUCAGAGAAGGUGGGGGAGGCUUAUCAUGCCGUGAUGCGUGUAAUUGCUGUAUUGCUAGGCUGUGUCGUUUAGCCUCCUCGUCUGUGUUUGGCCUCUUUUUUUGCCAGGUGAACCUUACUUCCCACCUAAGUUUUCCUUUACUUGAGCUCAGUGCACUUUGUCACGUAUUCAGCACCUGCCUCGGAGCCUUUUUGGAAUCGAGAAAGUCAAGAAUAUUUGGAUUUAGAGGAAAGCUUUGAGCGCCAAAGCGCGGUUUGGAUGGCUUACCUUCUAUUUUUUUGUCCAUCAUUGCCUGUUGGGGUGGUCUCAUUUCCUCGAGGGCCAAUAUCUGCUGUCCUUGACCAUCGCAGCCCCCCAAAUCCCCACAAGGUCCAACAUGCACACAAGCAUUGUUCAAUUCUCAGUUUUUAAGUAAAGUGGAUUGUUACAUUUUUGGUUGCCAAUAACUUUUUUUUUUUUUUUUUUGACUGAGGACCAAUUAUCUUUUACUUUCUACCAAUGUUUAUCACACAAGGGUGGAGCUAUUUUGGUUUUUAAAGUAACUGAUUCCACACUCUGCCACUUACAAUUACUAGCUCCCUAGGACAGACAUUGUGACUUUUCCAGUCAAAACUUCAAAAGGAAAGUUCUCAAAAAGCUUCUGGUUGUGGAAUGAGGGUGCUGUUACAUAAUGUGUCAGGAUGGAGAAACUUGUUCUAAUUCUCUUUUGCUCUGAAUGGUCAAAGUUAUGCUCAAAUAUCUGUGCUAUGAGCUUGAUGCUAAAAAUAAUAAAAAUAUUCAUCUGUG